AAAGCAGAAUGUACCCCAUUGGAUUUAAAUUAUUGCUAUUUCAAACACUGUGAAAUGCAAACCGAUGCUAAAGGGCAAACUUCAUUAAACUUUCAUGUCGCAAUGCGUGAUAAAAGACCUGUUAAUGACGUCACCGGUUACAAAGGCUUACCGGAUGCAAAUAAUGAACGAGACAUUUGAUUUCUGUGCUUUCAUGGGAAAGAACGCGCCUUCUCAAAUGUUCCACUUAAUAAACCAGCAUUUUAAUAAAUACACGAAUGCUAAUCACUCGUGUCCUUAUCAGCACGAUAUUAUUUAUUAUGGCAUCGACAGUGAGAAAUUCUUCACGGAGAUUCCGGCUCCUAAGGGUAACUACAUUUUGCAGAUGCGUGUGGCAGCUAAUAAAAAGUGGAGAACUACUGUGAAAUUCUAUGGCACUCAGAAUUAAUGACUAAAUAGCACAAAACUAAUGUUUAUUUUACAAAUUAAAAAAAAAAUAA